AUGAAGGCGCUGUCUACCGACAGUUCUAUUCAAGCUAAGUAUGGAACAUGGGGAUCGAAAGCAGAUGGGAGCCUGGAAACCGACAGUGAAGAGUCUACGCAGAGAGUGCAGGUCACUGACAACGGUCUUAAGAUUUCGUUCCAGGCACUCCAGAUCAUUGAAUGGGUCUCUGAGAUUCUGCCUCAGUCGCCUAGGUCUAGUGACCCUGGUGGCAUGACUGACCCGCCAAACAAAGUAUUCUGUUGA